CCUAAUAAAGAGUAAACAAGAAAACAAUAAUUGCUGUAGUAUAUUUGGUAUAUUGUGCAAGUUAAAAAAAGUUUAUUUUGAAAUGGCAGUUGCGGUCACCCUUCUUAAGCUCACCAUUUGUUUGUUGUUGCGCCUCGUAAUCGCGGUGUCGUCGUUUUGCGUUGUCUCUCUGGCUGUUUCUAAAUUCUUUGAAAUUCCAUCAACUUGCUAAACAAAAAUAUUUAAACAAACUGAUCGCAAUUACGGCGCUCAUCGCCAAUGUGUUUUCAUGAAAGUGAUCAAAAUUUGACAAGUUUGGCCAAUAUUUGUAACAGAAACGUGCGCUUACGUCGGAAUUGCGUGUGUUCAACGAAUUCCAGUGUGAUUGUGUGAGUGGUGAAUUCAGCGCCUUCCGCCUCGUGCCGCCCCCCAAAACCCCCCCGCUACUCUAGGGGCGUGCAAAAAGUAAAUUUUAGUGCAAAUAAAUUGCUUUGCUUAUCUCGGAGCGCGCGCGUUCGCUUGAUAUGGCUACGAGUGUGUGUAUGCGAGCGUGUGUGUGUGUAUUGGUUUGAGUGUUGUUAAUUAAUUUACAAAGCUGCUCCCCCCAAACAACCCCGCACAGCUUCAGCAGGCUCUUCUUGCAAAUAACAUAUACAAAUUUGUGAAUUUUUGUUGGCGCAGCGCGUGUCAUAAACAAGUGCGAGUUCGUUUUUGUUCACCACGCGCGACCCACUAACAAAAAAAAACAUACAAAACAAAACAACCAAUAAGAACAACAGCCACAACAAGAACAAAACUGCAAGCUUCCCCCUCCCGGAGAAACCUAGGAAGGCAAAGGAGGUGCUGGCGCUUCAUGUACUUGAAAACGAAAGUUCUUUUGCUUUUGCAUGCAAACGGUUGCGCAUAAAAAAGCAUUCCCACACACAGACAUACACACACGCUGAAAAGAGAGUCACAUACAAUUACAAACAUAGAGAGAGUAAACGCUGCGAGAGCGGAGAACGUUAAGAGAGGAGGCGCCGUGGCCACUUGGCCUUGAACUUGUGCGGCGCGGGAGCGCAGCGAUUGACAACUUUCUGUGGAGACGCAACCCAUUGACGGCGGCGACUUUAAACCCGAAAGUUGCACAAUUCGACUGCAGCAUAGGAGAAAAAUUAGAUGGAAAUCGCAACAACAGCAACAAAGUCAGAGUCAAUUGAAAGACGCCACAAUAACAAUAAUUAAGUAAACUAUAUUCAGGAAUCAGGAAAUAAUACACCUAAAAAAAAGUACACACAGUUCAAAGUGGCUUUCAAAUUUUGCCAUAUUUACACAACAGACAAAUAAAUAUAUAUACGUAGAUAUAUUUAUUACAAUUAUAAUAUGAUGUUAACUAGUUGUCACUAGAAACACGUUGGACUUUUUCAUGUUGCUCAACAGCGGCAUUUGGCAGUGGAACUUUUUGUACCUGUUGUUUGCGCACGCAAAAGGAAACUUUAACAAGAUACCUGAGAACACUUUAUACAGCAACAUAUUUAUUUAACAUAAAGGAACAACAACAAUCACUAACUGCAAACAACAAUAAUAAUAAUUCAAACAAAAACAAACAAACAUUUGCCGUUUUCGAGAAGCCGUCCAGCAAAUUUAUAUAUAUACAGAGCCAUUAUAUACAAAGAUAGAAAGAGAGAGAGAAGGUACAUUAUAUGUGUAUUAAAUAUGCCCAACAUCUGCCAGAACAACAACAACAACACCUGAAAUAAGCAGGACUAAGGCAUCUUCCUACCAACAACAACAACAGCAACAACAACGGUUGCAGCCGCAACAGCCUGAAUAACAAGAAGAAGAAGAAGAAGAACAGCAACUACACCCCGAAGACGUGCUAAGGGUAUAGCUAUCAUCAUUAUUAUUAUAUUCGAGCAUCAAAUCUGAUUUGGAAUCUGUUGCCAUGGGUCGCAAAAAAAUUCAAAUUUCACGCAUCACCGACGAGCGCAAUCGACAGGUGACCUUCAACAAACGCAAGUUCGGCGUUAUGAAAAAAGCCUACGAGCUGUCAGUGCUCUGUGACUGCGAGAUCGCGCUGAUCAUCUUCUCGUCGAGCAACAAGCUGUAUCAGUAUGCCAGCACCGAUAUGGAUCGGGUGCUGCUCAAGUACACCGAAUACAAUGAGCCACACGAAUCGCUCACCAACAAGAACAUAAUUGAGAAGGAGAACAAAAACGGCGUCAUGUCACCGGAUUCACCCGAAGCGGAGGCCGAUUACACGCUCACCCCGCGCACCGAAGCCAAAUACAAUAAGAUCGACGAGGAAUUUCAAAAUAUGAUGCAGCGCAACCAAAUCGCCAUUGGCGGUGUUACGGGCGGUGGUGGCGGCGGAGGCGGCGGUGGCGGUGGCGGAGGUGCACCGAAUAGACCAAUGCCCAACACGAGUUACACGCUGCCAGUUUCGGUGCCAGUGCCCGGCUCCUACGGUGAGAAUCUGCUGCAGGCCAGCCCACAAAUGUCCCACACAAACAUCAGCCCACGUCCAUCGAGUUCGGAGACGGAUUCAGGUGGGAUGUCCUUAAUAAUCUAUCCAUCGGGUACCAUGUUGGAGAUGUCAAACGGUUAUCCACAUUCACAUUCGCCGCUUGUGGGAUCACCCAGUCCAGGUCCCAGUCCUGGCAUAGCACAUCAUUUGCCCAUUAAACAGCAAUCGCCGGGCAGCCAGAAUGGACGAGCUUCCAAUUUGCGUGUCGUUAUACCGCCCACCAUAGCGCCAAACAUGUCGGCGACAGCGGAGGAUGUUGCCUAUGCAGAUCAGCGUCAGAGCCAGACGUCGCUGAACACGCCAGUGGUGACGCUGCAGACACCGAUGCCCGCGCUGACCAGCUACUCGUUUGGGGCGCAGGACUUCUCGUCGUCGGGGGCGAUGAGCGCGGACAUUAUGAGCCUGCCGCAGUGGCAUCAGGGUCUCGUCCAGCAGCACACUAGGUGGGUAGUCCAGGCCCCGAGCCCGGCGAAUAGCAGCAGCAGCAGUCCCAGCAGGCAAACACUUAACGGCGACCAACAUCAUAAUCUGCCUUGCAGUCUAUCGCACUUGGCUGUCUCGAAUAGCACACCGCCGCCCGCCAGCUCACCCGUCUCCAUCAAGGUCAAGGCGGAGCCACAGUCGCCGCCACGCGAUCUCUCCGCCAGCGGCGGACACAAUCAGCAUAACAGCAACGGCUCAACGGGCAGCGGUUCCAGCAGCAGCAGCACCAGCAGCAAUGCCUCAGCCAACGGAGGUGCCGCAGGUGGUGCAGCUGGCUCACUUAGUGCAGCGAAUGUCAUCACACACUUGAACAACGCCAGCAUAUUAACUGGAGCGCCUGGCGGCGGCGGAGGCGGAGGUGGAACGAACGGCAGCGCAGAGCAGGCCACCAAUUUGAGCGUCCUAAGUCAUUCGCAACAGCAUCUGGUCAUGCCGAAUUCACGGCCCUCAUCAACCGGCCACAUAACACCGACUCCAGGGCAUGAUAAGUAUGAUGGAUAUCCGUACCGCGCGCUUAUGGGACAUAAUGCUAGAUGGAAUUUUGCCGACUUUAUUAUCUUAAACGCAGGUGCGCCCAGCAGCGAACAGGACGUGCGUCUCGCUGCCGUUGCAGUGCAGCAGCAGCAACAGCAGCAACAACAACAGCAGCAGCAGCAGCAACAACAGCAGCAGCAACAACAUCAGCAACAGCAACAGUUGAGCGAUUAUGAUGCGCCCAAUCACAAAAGGCCAAGAAUAUCUGGUGGCUGGGGCACAUAGCCGGCACGUGGAGUCGCCUUAAGCGAUUAUAAGCUACUACAACAACAGCAGCAGCAGCAACAACAACCACAACCACAACAGCAACAUCACAACAGCAACAAGAAGCCAGUCAACAACAGCAGUAGCAACAACAACAACAGCAGCAGCGACAACGAUCUGGUGAUGAUGCCACCGCCACCGCGUAAAGAGACUCGAACGUUUCUGAGUGCGGCUGGCUAUGGGCGUGGCGGCUACGAUUGCUAUGGCCAACACUUGGCUGUUGGCUAUGCACCCGAGCAGCAGUAGCAACAACAACUACAACAACAACAACAAGAUCGAGUUGAACAACAACAAAAACAGUUUCCAGACCAGUGCAAUAGUUAUGGGGAAGUCGAGCUGGAAGCGAAAGGUUUUGUUAUUGAUUUAAGUUUAAGCAACAACAAGUGACAGUGUCAUAUCUACAAUUAUUGUCUAAUGUGUAACUUAUGCUUAUAAGUAUAUCUAAUAUAUUAAUGUAUAUCUACAUUGUAUGGUUAAUAGUUAUAAUUUUAAAUUAUACAAACAAACAAACACACACACACACAGAUCACACACACAUAAGUCUAUAAGUGUGUCAUAUUUGUCCCCUGUCACUACCCCAAAACACCCCCCUAAACAAAAAAAGAGCCGUUGAAAGCCGUAGCUAGUUAAUUACAUAUGAUACUAUGAUAAAUUGAAAUUAAUAUUUAAGCGCAAGCGCAAGAGAGUUGUUAAAGCGACUCUACUCGAUGCGACUCGAAAGGAGCAUUAUAGCUAGUUGUUAGUGUGUUGAGCUGAUUUAGUUUAAUUCAAUUUAAUGUUAACUUUAAGUCAACAAAACACACACCCCCGAAACACACACACAUACAAGUAUGAUGUACAUAUUUUAUUUGGUUUUUAGGCUAAAUUGAUCACUGCAAAAAAGUAAAGAAAGAAAUACAAUUACAACAUACGUAAAGCAUGCAAGUCAGACUAUAUGAUAUGAUAAAUAUAUGUUAUUGUGAGCACACACACACACUUACACACAUGGGCAGACACACCCCCUUACGAAAAUGUACUCAGAAACAUUUCUCGCAAUGUUUUAAUUUUUAUCUUAUUUUUUUGUUUCUUUCAUUAUUCAAUUAUUGUGCAAUUUAUCAAUACGGUUUAUCAGCUUGAAAAAUACAAAUUAUUAAUUAUAUAUAAAUAUCUUAUUCAACGACUCAGUUUAUUUUAAUUUGUAAUCUUAAUUUAAUGCCUUAAGUUGUAAGUUUCAGUUUCGAGUUUGAAGAAAAACAAAAUCAACAAAAAAAAUACAAGAAAAUAAAUGAAAUGAUGAUUUAAUUAUAAUUGUAAUUUGUAACUUGUAACUUGUGUUUAAGUCCUUAUUUGAUAGACUUUAUUCUCUUCUUCUCUAAGCAAAACGAAGUCAUAAUUUGUAAUUAAACUUAAAGUGAAUUUCUGAGUUCUGAUUUGAAGCGUUUCUAAUAAUUGCGCCUUAAGUUUUUGUAUUUUUACAUUUUACCAUUUACAAUUUACAAUUUAUUGAAAUGCAGUUUGUAAAACAAAAACAAAACUCAAACACAAAAUAUAAUUUAAAUAAAAUUAUUAAAAACAAUUACAUUAUUAGUUUAUUUUAUUUUUUUGAUUUGCACUCUACACACACACACACGCAUACAUGGAAGUGGGCGUGGCUGUCUACUUGUCAAUUUGCCCAAUUUAUUUAAGUAUUUCGCACUUAAGAGGUAAACGCGCUCUGUAAAUAUUUGCGCUACCAAAACAUGACCUGUUGCACUUUCUACAGCAAAUUGUAAAAGUAAAAAAAAGAAGAUAUUGCAAAAAAAAAGAAACAAACAAAAUUGAAGAACAUAUGCAAAGAAUUUAACAGUAUUUACAUAUGUACAUUUCGCAUUUUACCUAACAGCUGUGCAUAUAUAUAUAUAGCACCGAAUUGUACGAUCCGAAAUGCACAACAAAUGAACACAAACAAUAAACAUUUACACUUUACAGGUUUCCCAAAAGAAGAACAAAUAAGCUUUAGAACAAGAAUAUAUACUGUAUAUACAUAUAUAUGUUAUAUAUAUAUCUAUACUAUAAAGUGGCAAAAGUCACAUAUUUUCUAGCAAUAUAUACUGAUUGUAGAGUUGAUAUUAAGACACAGAUUGAGAUCUGCGGGCAAGCAUUAAACAUUUGCAGAAAUCCCGAAUGGAUUAUUUCAAUUAUUUGGAAACCCUUUUGUCAGACAUGUCGGAAAUGAUUUCUCGGCUUUGGAAAAUUUAUCACAAAUAAUUUCAUCCAAAUUGCUCCCCCAUGAACGGAUAAAGAAUGAACAAGAAAAUAUAUAUAUACAUAUACUUAUACAAUAUUACAGUGAAUGUUGAAUGUAGUGUUACAAUUGUUAUGUGUAUAAAAAUGUUUUGUUUACCCUUUACUGAGUUUUCAUAUAAUUUGCAAAUGACUUUUCCAUAUUUCCAAUUCCCCUAUAUAUUUGGUUGUAUUAUGAUCCUUGGUUUUGUGUACAUAAAUCCUGGUAAAUGAAACUUCACUCUGUAGUGUUGCCUUAAAAACAGUGCCUCUUAAAUAAACAUAACAUAAACAUAUAAAUAAAUGUUAAACAGCGAUCACUUGCUGAAAAUGAUAAACAAAAUGGAAAAAACUUGAUGGUGAAACAUUUCAAUACAGGUGUUAUUUGUGCUAUUUAAAGAACGUAGUUAAUGCAACCGAAAACAAAAAUACAAAAAUACAAGAAAAAACACAAAUUUAUUUUAAACUAAGCUUUAAAAAUUAAAUGAAAUUAUGAAACUUGGAUAAAGUGAAUGGAAACUCAAGUAGAAGAGCAGCACAUAAUGUACAAAAUCAUUGAUACAGGCUAAAUUACAAUUGGCAUUAAAGGGUUUGAAUAGAAUAGAGUAAGAGAUCGUGAAGAGAUCGCACACAUAUAGUAUAUAGAUAUACGAUUUAGAUUGGAUCAGUGCACUGUACAGCUGGCCGUCUACAAGGCGUUUAAUGGUCACAUGGGACCACAAUAAUUGAUAAUUGAUAAAUGAUGAUUGGAUAUGGUAAUCAAUGUCUAUUGGUAAUCAACUGUUUCUAGCCGGUUCGAAUAUGUUUGUAUUAUUACUACUAUAUAGUAUAAAUGUUAAAACAAUGCACUGUUUGUAUGGAGUUAGAUAUAUGUGACACCCUUAAAACUAAUGAGAAAUCCAGUUUGAAAAAAAGGCAAAAAGACUUUAUGCAUUAAAUAGAUGUACUUCUAUAUAUAUACAUAUUGAUAUACACUAUGUAUCACAUGCUCGUAUAGUCCAAAUCUUGUUUCAUACUUUUAGUUAUUUUAUUAUUCUGUUAUUGUGGUUCUAUCGCGCAAUCAUCAUUAGAUCCACAUAAGGCACAAUUAUCUAGAAAAAAAUACGUACGGAAUAUGUCGACAAAGUUAUGUUAUGUGAAAUGGCGUUUAAAUGUUUAUAAAACCUGAUGAACGCUUUCCAAAGAGAAAGAACAUAAUUAUAUACAACUUAAGUGAUAUGCAUAUAAUUAAGUUAUCUAUUAUAUAUAGUAUAAAAAACGGCGCUCCAAAUUGAUAUUACUUACGAGUACAGAUAUUAUUAUAUAUACAUACAUAUAUUGUAAUAACCAUCGAUGUAUCUCUGUUCAAAUAAACUUACAACUAAACUGUAAGCAUUAUGUUUAGGAAAAUUAGUUACCAUUUUGGUGAAAAACAUCAAAACGAAAUAAAAAGAUAAUGAUAAAUUAUGAAUAUAUGUAAAAUUAUGAAUAUAUAAUUGUAAACAAGUUUUAUCCGUGCACUGAAUAUGAAAGGUUUUGAAAAUUGAUUGUGGAAUAAACAUUUACCUAUUAAGUUGAUGUUUUAAACAAAGAAAAACCAAACAAAAAAAAAUGCAAAACAAAAAAAGUAGCAAACUUUUAAAUAAAAACCUUUUUGGCAACUGAAUUUCACAAACUCUAGUUUACGUUUUAUUGCAACUUCAAAUUCUCGACUUUUGAACUUAAACAUUUAAAAUAAUUUCGUAGCAAAUUUUGAUUUUCUCAUUUGUUGUUGUUUUACAGUCUAAAUGCAAUCGUGGUACAAUUAAGAAUCCUCUCUAGCUCUUUAAAGGAUUGCAGCUUACAUGCCAUUGUAGGCGGGGCCGCCACCGCCCUCAGGCACCACCCAGUUGAUAUUCUGCUUGGGAUCCUUGAUAUCACAGGUUUUGCAGUGGAUGCAGUUUUGUGCAUUGAUUUGCAGCUUCAUGUUGCCGCCCUCCUCGUUGGGCACAUACUCAUAGACGCCAGCGGGGCAGAAACGCUGCUCGGGUCCCUCGUAGAUCGCCAGAUUGUGAUCCACGGGUAUGCGAUCAUCCUUGAGUGUCAAGUGAGCGGGCUGAUCGCCUUCGUGAUUGGUGCCCGUCAGUGCCACUGAAGACAGCAAGUCAAAGGAGAUUUUGCCAUCUGGCUUGGGGUACACGAUGCGCUCGCUAACAUUGGCAGGCUUCAGCGAUUCGUGAUCCUGGGGACCAUGCGUCAGUGUCCAGGGUUCGCGACCACCCAUGAAAAUGGAGAAACCGCUGAGCACAAGACCGCCAUAGAGACCCAAGGGAUUGUGGAAAGAUGGGUGCACAUUGCGCACCUUGUACAAAUCUUUCCAUACAAACGAAUCUUUGAUUCUGUAAAUUCGAAAUGGAUUAAAAAUCAGUU